UUCAGCCGCAGCCGCCCGGGCGGAGCGCGUCCCGCAGCCGGCUGGUCCCCUUCGCGGCCCGGGUGCUCGCCCCGGCCCGCCCGCGCGGUGCGAGCUCGCCAUGGCGGCCACUGACCUGGAACGCUUCUCGAAUGCAGAGCCAGAGCCUCGGAGCCUCUCCCUUGGGGGCCACGUGGGCUUCGACAGCCUCCCGGACCAGCUGGUCAGCAAGUCGGUCACACAGGGCUUCAGCUUUAACAUCCUCUGUGUGGGGGAGACUGGCAUUGGCAAGUCCACGCUGAUGAACACGCUCUUCAACACGACCUUCGAGACUGAGGAAGCCAGUCACCAUGAGGAGUGUGUGCGCCUGCGGCCCCAGACCUAUGACCUCCAAGAGAGCAAUGUGCACCUCAAGCUGACCAUUGUGGAUGCUGUGGGCUUCGGGGAUCAGAUCAAUAAGGAUGAGAGUUACAGGCCCAUAGUCGACUACAUCGACGCGCAGUUUGAAAACUACCUGCAGGAGGAACUGAAGAUCCGCCGUUCCCUCUUUGACUACCACGACACGAGGAUCCACGUCUGCCUGUAUUUUAUCACGCCCACGGGGCACUCCCUCAAGUCCCUGGAUCUGGUGACCAUGAAGAAGCUAGACAGCAAGGUGAACAUCAUUCCCAUCAUUGCCAAGGCUGACACCAUCUCCAAGAGUGAGCUCCACAAGUUCAAGAUCAAGAUCAUGGGCGAGCUGGUCAGCAAUGGGGUUCAGAUCUACCAGUUUCCCACUGAUGACGAGGCUGUUGCCGAGAUUAACGCAGUCAUGAAUGCACAUUUGCCCUUCGCUGUGGUGGGCAGCACUGAGGAGGUGAAGGUGGGGAACAAGCUGGUCCGGGCACGGCAGUACCCUUGGGGCGUGGUGCAGGUGGAGAACGAGAACCACUGCGACUUCGUGAAGCUGCGGGAGAUGCUGAUCCGGGUGAACAUGGAGGACCUCCGGGAGCAGACCCACAGCCGGCAUUACGAGCUGUACCGGCGCUGCAAGCUGGAGGAGAUGGGCUUCCAGGACAGCGACGGCGACAGCCAGCCCUUCAGCUUGCAGGAGACCUACGAGGCCAAGCGCAAGGAGUUCCUGAGUGAGCUGCAGAGGAAGGAGGAAGAGAUGAGGCAGAUGUUUGUCAACAAAGUGAAGGAGACAGAGCUGGAGCUGAAGGAGAAGGAGAGAGAGCUCCACGAGAAGUUUGAGCACCUCAAGCGGGUCCACCAGGAGGAGAAGCGCAAGGUGGAGGAGAAGCGCCGGGAGCUGGAGGAGGAGACCAAUGCCUUCAACCGCAGGAAGGCCGCGGUGGAGGCCCUGCAGUCCCAGGCCUUGCAUGCCACCUCGCAGCAGCCUCUGAGGAAGGACAAGGACAAGAAGAAAUCUUGACCCUCAGCCUGGGAUGCCACAAACUGAAGCGAAUUCUCUGCUUUGCUCGUCACAAAUGCCAAACUGACUGCCCUUUCCCAGCGUCCAACUCGCUGUCUUUUGUUUCUGUUUGAUUUGGUCGUCUGCGUAUCUUUUAAUGUGUCUGUUUUUGUUUUGUUUGUUUUAUUUUUAUUUUUCAGUUAACGCACGCACAGACUUACAUGUCAAGAGCGGACUUUAGACUUUCAUGUGUUAAGUUGCUUGAGUUACACCUUGUGACCCUUCUUCUCCCAUAACAUGGUGUGAGGACGGACUGGGAGCUGGUACAGACUCCAGUGUUUACAGCCUUGCUUUGUCCCCCGCCCCCACCCCCAGGCUGCCCUGGGCCUGGCGGGCCACCCUUCUCUAUGCAAACACGUCAAAGCCAUGAAUGCUGGAAUCCAAAACUGACAAGGUUUAUUUUUUUCAGAGCCAGUGGCUGGUCUUCCAUUUACAGUGUCACUAUUCCUUGACGGAGCAGUUAUGUGCCACUCUCGCGAAGGCCCCAGCCGGCGAUGCUUGGCCUAAUUGUUCAGCGUCAAGAUGGCAACUCACGCGGUGCCCUAGGUGCAGCCGCGUGGUCUGGUAUACAUGCUGCAAAAUUUACCCGAUUCCCUUUCAUUUUAAUUUUUCUAACCUAGAGCUUAAUUUCAAUAAUAACUUUUAGGAGACUUCUAAAUUUUUAUUUUGGCACAAGCGUGAAGACAGAUAAUACCCUCUCCCGUUAUUUUCAUAAGUAACCCAGAUUCCCUGAUUUUUAAGAACUAAAAAUAUCUCUAAAUUUUUCUUAUGUAUCAAGCAUCCCUAUAAUAUUUAGGGAGAGGUGGGCAAUAAACAUCCUGUGAGGACAGUGUUCGGAAUUUCUUUACGGAUGAAAGUGGGUCAUGAACAAGGACCACGUCCAAUGUUUUUAAUGCGAAUGUAGAUGGAAAGUAGCCCAAAGCCGUUGUCUGUGGGCUCCAGAGGUGCUGCCUAUAAACAGGGACCAACUCCACGUGUGUGUUAAGUGUCUGAUUCCAACUAAGACCCCCAAACCAAGCCUGCAUAUUCCCAAAUGCAGAGGACUCAGCCGGGAAAAGGUUUUUUAUCUCAAGGUCACUGUUUUCUGUUUUCCUGGCUGAGUCACAAGGAAAAGAGAUGAAGGUGUCUGAUGCGUGUGGACAAUUUCAGAAAACGCUACCAGCGAGGGAGCCUUCCCCUCUCCACUGCGUUCUUCAGGGGAUCAUUUUAAGAAAGAACUAGUGGCAUUGAUUCUUCUCCGUUCCUGUGGGUUUGCGAGCCAGUGGGAGUGUCAGGGCUGAGGAUAUGGUGUGAUACAAUAGGAGAUGAAAAAUGAGUAGCUCAAAGGAAGGAGCUCAUUUAAUGUUGAUGGGGCACUGUGCUGGGCACAGACUCCCCGGAAUAACAUGCAGCCCUACCCUCAAGGAGCUCACGGUCUAGAACACUCCCUCGUCAGAAGCCUUGGGAAGCUGCACUAAUUUAUUGUUGCAUUGGUCGUUUGUUUUUACUUGUCCUCCAUCCUCCUUCCCAUCACUGUUUCUCCCUUUCUGCCUUGGCCCCUUGGCUUUACUGAUUUCCAGGACCGAGUCCUGGCUUCAUGCUGUGCUUCCGCGAUGGGGCUCCAUUCAGAGUGGGGAGGAUGCCCAGAGUGAAACUCUGCCAAGUGUCCCGCCGUGACCAGGGGUGGAUCCAGAUUGUGAGGGGCUUCAGUGUGGGCAUUCAAAAGGCAAAUGGGCAUAUACCUAAGGCCCACGUGGGCCUCAAGUGACUUGGCUUUAGGGGGAUUAUAUGCCUGAGAGUGUCUUCACUCUCAUAUUUCUGAAGAUGAGGCACCGCAACCCCGCGGAUUCACUGGUUAUUUAAGAAAUGGAGACUCCUGGUUCAUGGGCCAAUCUGGGGACUCUGGAGUGGAUAUAUUCUGCCAUCCACCCACCACAGCCUGUGGGCUGCACCCCAGGCAUACUGGAAUGCCAGACUUGUGGCUGGUUACCUGCCUGUGGGUGCAACGCUUCCCAGCAUCUCUGGGGAGAGCCGGCACUGUUACAUUUUCUGGGGUCUGAGCUGCUUCCGCAGGUCCCGUUGGCCUUAGUGAGCCUCACUGCACUUCUCUGUCUGUGCUGCUUGUGUUUGGAAGUUUAUCAUCGUUAGCUGAGACCAAAUUAGUCCUGGGUGCACGAGGUGAGCUUAAACCGGGCCAUUAUUGAACAAGCUCCCCCGCCCGGGACGGGAGGCCUACCGGCGGUAUCUGAUGUGCCACUCCUUUGCAGAAUCACCUUUUGGCAUUAUCAGGGCUGUCAGCGGGGCUACGCAGGGCAUUUCUAGCAUGUCUUUCAUAAGCCAAGUUGAUUUUGGGUAGAAUCAUGUAAUUUAUUGUCCAAACUGAGACUUUUCAGAGUAAAAGGAGGUCCUCUUAGUAAUUAUGCCAGAUCAACAGGUGUAAGCUGGAAUGAUCUCAGGCAGACCGGGAUGUAUGGUCACCCUGGUGAUGGGUAACCUGAGUCUAGGUGGUUUGUAACUGUACAGACUGACUGAAUAUAUGUUUCUGUGUGUCUCUGUGUGGGUGCUUGUUAAGUGGGGCUCGUAUUACUGGAUAAGAGGCCCGAGGGAAGUGUGGCUUGCUCCUCCGUUAUGUUAACAAGCUUUUCUAAAACUGCUUCACUUGUUAAUUCAUUUAUUCCUUCAUACAUUGACUGUUUUUGUUCUUUUCCAUUCACUUUGUACUCUUUUUUUUUCCCAUUAAAUUUUGCAUUUA